CUACGAAAUCCUACGCCUUGCUGAGUCAUUCAACCGGACAGUUAACGCAAAGCACUCAAGGCGACAGAUUAGCCAAGCACUCAAUUUGACAACGGUUCAACAGCGAGAAGCAGCACUUCACUUCACAGUCACUUCUCCUUUGAUGUUGAGAUUGAGCACAUCUGCUAAUGAGGAAGUUCUACAUCUGAUGAGAUGGUUCUAUGCAAUUUCCUCUUCUUAUAAAGUAAUCUAA